AGACCAAGACCAGAACCAAGACCAAGACCAGAACCAGAACUAAGACCAGAACCAAGACCAGAACCAGAACCAAGACCAGAACCAGAACCAAGACCAGAACCAGAACCAAGACCAGAACCAGAACCAAGACCAGAACCAAGACCAGAACCAGAACCAAGACCAGAACCAGAACCAAGACCAGAACCAAGACGAAGACCAGAAUCAGAACUAGAACCAAGACCAAGACCAGAACCAGAACCAAGACCAGAACCAGAACCAAGACCAGAACCAAGACCAAGACCAGAACCAGAACCAAGACCAAGACCAAGACCAGAACCAGAACCAGAACCAAGACCAGAACCAGAAUUAAGACCAAGACCAGAACCAGAACCAGAACCAAGACCAAGACCAGAACCAGAACCAAGACCAGAACCAGAACCAAGACCAGAACCAGAACCAAGACCAAGACCAGAACCAGAACCAAGACGAAGACCAGAAUCAGAACUAGACCCAAGACCAAGACCAGAACCAGAACAAAGACCAGAACCAGAACCAAGACCAGAACCAGAACCAAGACCAGAACCAAGACCAAGACCAGAACCAGAACAAAGACCAGAACCAGAACCAAGACCAGAACCAGAACCAAGACCAGAACCAAGACCAAGACCAGAACCAGAACCAAGACCAAGACCAAGGCCAGAACCAGAACCAAGACCAAGACCAGAACCAGAACCAGAACCAAGACCAAGACCAAGACCAGAACCAGAACCAAGACGAAGACCAGAAUCAGAACCAAGACCAAGACCAGAACCAAGACCAAGACCAGAACCAGAACCAGAACCAAGACCAAGACCAGAACCAGAACCAGAACCAAGACCAAGACCAAGGCCAGAACCAGAACCAAGACCAGAACCAGAACCAAGACCAGAACCAAGACCAGAACCAGAACCAGAACCAAGACCAGAACCAGAACCAAGACCAGAACCAGAACCAGAACAAGAACCAAGACCAGAACCAGAACCAGCACCAGAACUAGAGCCAAGACCAAGACCAGAACCAGAACCAAGACCAGAACCAGAACCAAGACCAGAAGCAGAACCAAGACGAAGACCAGAAUCAGAACUAGAACCAAGACCAAGACCAGAACCAGAACAAAGAUCAGAACCAGAACCAAGACCAGAACCA